GGCCAUCAGUACUGUUGCGCCGAAUGACAUCUUCGCGCACAAUGUCCUUGAGCUCUGAUGAGGUGGAAGUAGACGACUCUUGGAAGGUGGACUUAGAGAUAGCACUUCUGGAGGACGCUGACUUCUUUCGAAUCCGUUCGAUAUGUGCAAAUAGACCAGUUCCCUCAAAUUCAAGACGAGAAGUUUGGCGUAUUUGCCUGAAACCGGAACUACAGAUACAGGCAAUGAAGGAGUUUCAUGAUGUAUUCGACUUGCCGAAUCAGCCAGAAUUGCAUGCGGCUUGUGAAAAAGCAGCAACGGAAGUCAUUCAUAAGCUUUCCUCCCAGUCCGAGACACACGAUGAUUUUCGAACACCACCAAGUGACGAGGAGGAUGACGACCAACAAUUUGAUCUUGGUCGGGAGUUAGAUUCCACUUCACAUAGUCCCAUUCCCUCAGUUUCGGAACUGACGAGCAAUUUCGAGUCCGUCCUUACCCAUUUUGCCCGAACUUAUUCGUUGCGAUAUGAAGCGAAGGGUGGCUGGGUUCGCAUCAUUCAACUACUAUACGAAACACUGAAACCAGUUGAUCGACAUGACCUGUAUGCCUGUUUCGCUGCCGUUUAUCAUCACUUCAUUCCAACAGGACCGGACGUCGAACGAAAUCUCUCUUGCAUUUUCCGAAUUUUGCUUCAGUAUCAUGAACCAAAGUUGUGCAGUUUUCUGGAUUCACUUAAACUGAAACCUGAGGAAUAUGCUACAUCAUGGCUACUCAGUCUGUUCGCUACCGCGCCUCUUCGUGAUGAGGUGCUUUUAUCUUUUUGGGACAUUUACUUCCUCCUUGCCGAUCCACUGUUUGGACUUUUCGUCUGCCUUGUUCUCCUAAUGAAUUUGAAAUCCAGCCUGCUGGAUGAGUCAGAACACAAUCAGGAUACAUCGGUUGACCAAGGUGUACUAAUCAAAUUGAAGGCCUCCCGAACUCCUGAUCGAGACUAUGUGCUCGCAUCCGUGCUUGAUGUACCCAAACCGAUGCAGGUGGACGAUCUUGGUUCUCUGGUUGAGCUCACACAAUUGUUCUCUCAGCGCACACCUUACUCUUUCCGUAGUCGCUAUCUUCCACUGCUGUUUAGCAAUACACCAGCGGACGUCGAAUCGAAGGAUGAAUUAGUGCAAGGUGCUUUAUGCAUGCCCGUAUCUGCGCAAGAAGUACUGGAGGCACAGGCUGCCUUGAAGAACCCUUUCAUGGCGUGUGAGAGCAACCAGCUUCAGCCUGCCAUUCGUUAUCUGUUGGUCGACUGUCGUCCGGCUGACCAAUAUAAUGCAGGACAUUUGAACACAGCCUUUUUCUUGGACUCGGAGCUAAUGCUUUCCGAGCCUUCUCAGUUUGCAUCUACUGUUCAUGCCUUGCUCCAAUCGCAGAAACGCGCUCUGGAUGCUGGAUCUCAUGCUGCUGGGGAACACAUAACAUUUUUGAGUAGUGGUCGUGAAGCUGAGGAUAAUGUCACCAAUGUUGUUGUAGCAGCAUUCUUGCGAAUGAAUACCCCAUACGUUAGUCUCAUUGAGGGGGGAUAUUCUGCAGUGCAUGAAUCCUUAGGGCCGAACGACUUGUUACGUAACCUUGUUAAUCAUGAUCCACAGCAAUGUCUAUGUUGCAAGACUCAACAGCCCACAAAAAAGGAUAAUGGGUUGAUGGAUCGGAUUGUAUCCAAUGCGAGGCUUGUUGCCGGUCAGAAUGUGAUUCCCACUGUGGACAAAGCUGGCAAAUCCGUUGAAGGGCUACUUUCUAAACUCUCAAUUUUCAAAGGCAGUCAGCCUUCUAUAAAAGAUACAAAUCAAUCAGCAAAGAAACCCGACAAAAUGAUCCAGAGGUUUGAAGUUCCAUCCGCUGAUCUGAAUAUACCUCCAAACAGUGGACGAAAAAACUCGUGUCAUAAAGUGGAUAUUGGGUCAAAUCCUCUGCGCUCCCUCUCAUAUAGGAACACGUCAUCCGUCUUCAGUAUUGAUGAGGAGGCUGAUGAAGGAGAGAUUAGUAAAGAACAUCCGCCUGAAUCGUUGGAUACUAUUCCCGUCAACGAAAAACACACUACCCGCAAAAGCUCGUUUUGGUCUAAAAACUGGUCUGUGCGAUCGACUAACACACUGUUACAAGGCGAUAGUCCUUUACGUCCUGGUGGUCUGGAUAGCAGUGAACCAGGUGAUUUAAUUGAUAUAACACAAUGGUCUUCUCGCCCUGAGGUGCGCGGGGUCUUCGAAUGUCAGUUAAUCGACAGUUCCGGUCGUCUUUCAAGUGAAGGCUGUCUAGUGUUAGCUGAACGACACCUGUUGGUCCUUCGUAACCAGACGACUCGCUCUACUGCUCAGUUGGUCAGUUCUAUCGGGUCGGCGAUCCAGUCGGUUCUCACGAGGUCUACCGAGUCACCGCCGUUCCAGUCUACAAAACGACCGCGACAUGCGGUUGUCUUGCGUUCGGUUCCAUUGGGUUUGAUUACGCGCAUUACGGCUAACAAACGCUUACCGGAGUGUAUCACAUUCCACUAUUCUGGCAUAGAUUCAGCUGAUCUUUUGCGACUGAAUGAGCAAACUUUAGGGUUACGAGACCGCUUGUUCAUCCCAAAGGCUGGUGAAGCUGUGCGUAUGAUCAAACUUGCAAUAGUGAACGUGGCCAUGUCAUCGUCUGCAACAGAUGAAGCUUGAUUCACAGUGGAAUAACAUGAAACUUUUAUCAUAUCACAAAUCAAGCACAUUGUGUUACUCUUACGCUGCACCCACUGGUUGUUUCUUUUUGUGUGUAUAUUCUUUUUCAUUACGCAAAAUCUGUCUACUGCGUAGCUAGCAGGACUUACUCGAUUUUCACUCUUCGCCGUCUUACCAUUGUUUUCUCUUUUUCCUACUCCUGUCUUUCAGCUUAUUUAUACUUGAAUCACAAAAAAUACUCAGAAUGAUUAAAAGUAUUGUC